AUGCGUCGGAAAGCACUAUAUGACGUCACCAUCCCCAACACACGGAAUCGUCAAAUACAAGGACAUAGAAUUUCAGUUAAAAUUUACAAAUUGCGAGGCUCACAAACUGAGAAAUGUACCGUAUUUUGUCGAGACUGCCAUCUACCAGUUUGCAUAAAAUGUUCGACAGGCCUCCAUAAAGGUCAUGAUGUUGUUGAUUUUUCUGAAAUCGUUGAUUCAGCAAAACAUGAAAUACAAGAAAACACUGCUAAGCUUGAAGAUAUCCUUCCUCAGUUUGAAGAAGCAGAAAGCCAUAUCGAGUCCAAAAUAGCAGAUUUAUUUUCAAGAUGUGAUGAAAUGCAAGCAUUAGCUGUAGAACACGGGAAGAAAUGGCAUCAGGUUAUUGAGGAUAUUGUUCAGAAAAACAAAGAUCUCAUUUCUGAAAUGAAAGAAUCUGGCAGUAGAGAUUUAAGAAAGUGUCAAGGAAAAAUCAAGGAUACAAUCCAAGUCUUAAUGCAAGCAGUUCAAAAGAACAAAACGAUCAUUCAAUCCGUUGAUGCAAAUGAAAUAAAUCAAUACAAAUUGCCAUCACCGAUUUUAUUAAGAGAUAUUUCAUCCAAUAUUGAAUUAAGAUUUCCAAUAUUUGUCCCCAAGUCGCCAGAUUCAAUUCAACUACAUAAACUUUUCGGAGAACUGAAAAGUUCUGUGAGUUUACCUCAGGUCAUUGAAAGAAAGGUAGCAAUCUCAAAAACUCGAAAGUUAUUAGAUAAAGCUAUUGAAAUUAAAACAUUUACAACUGAGGACAACUUGAGGAAAUUGGCAUGCCUUGGAACUGAAGAGGUUUGGAUUUCAUACAAUGAAAAUUCAAUCAUCCACAGAGUCAACACAAAGGGUGAUAUACAGGAGGCUGUUAUAUCCAGUUGUCUGGAAUGGAAUGGUCACCCUAGCGACAUUUCUAUUUCAAGAAAUGGAGAGCUGGUGUACACAGAUAGAAUGAAUAGAUCAAUUUAUAUUUUUAGGGAGGGCAAAUCUACUAAGUAUAUCACGGUGCAAAAGGGAUGGAAACCACUAGGGCUUUGUUGUACGAAAUCGGGUGAAUUGCUUGUCGCCAUGGGUACCAUUGACGACAAAAGACACAAGGUAGUACGCUAUAGAGGACGACAAGUAAAACAGGAAAUAAAGAAAGAUGACCAGGGGAAUUUUUUAUUUGGUGAGGGAGACAGAAUGUUCUAUAUAACAGAGAUUUCAAAUGGGGAUAUAUGUGCAAAUGAUUGCAACGCCAAUGUUGUUGUUGUGGUGAACAGGAUGGGGAAGUUUUGA